AUGGCAACGCCUACUCAAGAUCUCAACUCGGGAUCGGUCUUGCAGCUUCCUUCUACUACGGACGCAUCGAUUCAACACCCCGGAGAGCGUUCGGAUCCUCUGUGCAAGUUCGGUAAUGCUCGUUUCAUUGACGAUUUCUCAAAGCAGGACUACGGUCUAGUCUACAGCCGAAAAGAAAAUAUUUCUGAGGAUGAAUUUUCUUCUCAAAAGAACGCUCGGGAGAGGUGUAAAGACUUUGCCAUUAAGUCAGGCUUCCAAAUUUUUGUGAAGCAAACAAGUGUCAAGGGCAACAACUCUGGGAAAGCAAAGUAUCAGUGCAAGAAACUCAACGGUGUCCAGGUUUUUGACCGGGAGACGCCUUUGGACAAUUUAGAGUGCCCGUUUUUCAUCAAUGUAUACGGCAAAAAUGGCGUUUGGAAGUUGACGAAGGCAAACUUUGCGCAUAAUCAUGCCAAAGAUGUUGGAUUUACUCGAACGCCUUGCGUUGAAGGUGCAAUUCCUCGUCCAUUGACGGCUAUUUGGAACACUACACAAGACAUUCAACAUCUCACAACUCUGGUUAUGAGAGAUUUGCUACCAAUGCACGCUAGAUCUACGACAUCCUUAGAUGGAAGAUCGAUACGUGAGUUUCUCAAAUCCCGUCGUUUCACAAUUUCAAGCAGCGCUAUCUCUAGGAUGAAGAUGGACAUUGACGAUAGGCUCCGCUGA